GGGUCACAGACCUUUCUAUUUCCGAUCUGAAAAAGUCCCGUGAAAACAGCGCGACGCAAACCAGCCCCUCACGUCUGUGUCGUGUGUCUGCCGUGGUUCUGAAUCUGUACCGGUUUUGAACGGAGCUCGGAUGUACCGUUAGUUCGGUUCGCUCCGGUCCGGGCGGAGGAAGAAACGGUUAGCAUGGUGAAGUGUGUCGUCUCCGGGUGUCCGAACCGCAUGGUGAACGUUAACCGGGGGAUCUUCAACCGACCACCGAAGAGGUUCUUCAACUUCCCCAAAGACCCGGCCCGCGUCAAGGUAUGGCUGGCGGCGCUGAGGGAGACGGACAAGCAGGACUCCACAGAGCAGCAUUUAAUCUGCGAGGACCACUUCCUGCCAGAGGACAUCUCCACCCAGGGGAUCAGCAGCGACGCCAUUCCCAUCAUGCCCCCUUACCUGGACGGACAGCUGGGCCUGAUCAGCCCCUGGGGAGCCGAGUCCUCAGAGGACGAGGAGGAGGAGGAGCAGUGGGCUGCCCGAGGCUGUGAUGAUGAUGAGGACGAUGAUGAAGGUGGAGGCGAUGCUCCUGCUGCACCACAGCCUCCUGCACCAGAUCCACCACAGCAGGGUCCAGGUGGAGGUUUGGAGAGUCCUGCAGAGACUGAGACGACCAGUGCUGAUCUGCCACAGAGGAAACACUCGAUCCCGCCCAAGAAAGUUUCCAGACAGGACGUGUCUCUGGGGCUGCUGACUCGCGGGUUCCUGGAGCUGCUGCUGGCAGCUCCCAACGGCUCUCUGGACCUCAGGCAGGUCGCCUCGAGUCUGCAGACCCGCAAACGGCGAGUGUACGACAUCACCAACGUCCUGGACGGCAUCAACCUGAUCCAGAAGGAGUCGGCCAACAGGAUCAAGUGGACAGGGAAGUUUCCCAUCUCUAACUUCCUUUGGAAGAACCAGCAGAGGUUCCAGAGAGAGCUGGAGAACCUGAAGCUGGUGGAGGACACGUUGGACGGCCUCAUCAAAAGCUGCGCCCAGCAGCUCUUCGACAUGACAGACGACGUGGAAAACUCUGUGUCGGCCUACGUGACCCACGAGGACAUCUGUCGCCUCAGAGUGCUGCAGGAUCAGACGGCGAUCAUCGUCAAAGCUCCAGAGGAAACUAAACUGGAGAUCCCUCCUCCCAAAGAGGACAGUAUCCAGGUCCAUCUGAAAGCAGGGAAAGGUCCCAUCAUGGUGCUGACCUGUGAGGUGGGCUCAGGAGACGCUGCGACCUCUGACCCCGGAGAGACGGGAGGCGGCGGCUUCUUAUCGAUGGAGGAGAGUCGGAUCAAGACGACCACCCUGCACUCAGAGUCCUGAGGUCCAGUCACCUGUAGACCACCAGGAGGCGCCGGCUGUCCUCGGGCUUCAGACUCACACCUGGAACAAUGAGCCUGAUUGGAUCAUCUGCAGGUACCGACAGGGUCGCACUGAGCGUCUGAGAAAACACACAGCAGGUCCUGGUCACAUGACUGAAGCAUUAAGGAGGUUUCCUCUGAGCCUCAGCAUCAGGUCAAACUGAAAACACCAGAAUCAGAGUUUAGACCAGACGAACAAACACUAUGAUCAUGAGUCAUUUUCAUUUGCACCAGUUCCAGUUUUUAACUGAACUCCUGGAGACGCUUGUCGAGCGGAGACGAGUUGACGUGACACUGUCCUGAGCAGAGCAGGUGAGGAUGAUGAUGGACUCCCAGCUGUGCCUCUGCUGUGUCUCUGCUCCACUGAACCCUCACCUCCACUGUCCAGACUUUUCCUCUUUGUCUCUGAUUCUCUCUGUUUUGGAUAUAAACCUGUUUUUUUUCUUCUUGGUUUGAGACGAACCACAAAGAUCAUUUAAUGAAUAAAACAUGAACUUGUAUCAAA